AUGGACACCUCGAUCAGCGAGGACUAUUUCGAUCUGGACAUCGAUACAUACUACGCCAACGGCAACAAUGCCUGUGGAUUCAUUCCUGGUCUUCCGGUGAUUCUGACCGACCAGAGCGAACCAGAGACGGAUGAAGAUCUGUUAACCAACGAUUAUGCAUCCCUGAGUGGGAGAUCCUCAGUGUACGACAGUUCCGAAGGAAAUCGAACUCGGCCGGAGUACAGCCAGAAAUACCUUCACGAACGAGCCACCGAACUGGCAUGCCUGACCCGACACUUUGUCCAAGCGAUCUCUCCCUCGAUGGAUCUUUUUGAUCUCGACACCUACUUUAGCCGGAUUGUACCAUUGAAAGCGGUGCAAAAUGUCAUGUUGCGGUCGGCAAUGGCCGCCGUUGCUGCCAAUCAAAUCGGCCAACUCCUAGCGAACCACUCUCCCCGAGAAGACUUACAGCACCUGUUGCCGAUCAUGGGGGAAGAUGGUGCCAUGCAACAUACCGAUUGGUUUUACAAGGCUGCAAACUACUACGACCGGGGAAUCUCAUACCUGCGAAUCUUCCUGCAACGCUGGCUGAGUGAUGCAAACAACGGCGGGACGGGGCAAGCUUCGAGAUACCUACCAUCGAGGCAGCUUUCCGAGACUGGCACGAAAAAUGCCGUCGGUGCCGUUCCGCCUCACAAGAGACGUCGGAUUAAUAGCCAGGAAUCCUCUGGGGCAGACAUGGAAGCGUUGGUGGCCGCCAUAUCAGUUUUCUCGUUGUACGAAUCAUUGGACAAUCCGACAGAUGACUGGUCUCAACAUCUCGACGGAUUCAAAGCACUCUUAGAAGCCAAAAUUCUUCCUCAGGCCAUGUCCGCCCCACGCCCCCGAGCAGACCCCUUUAUCUCGAUGAAAGCGGGCCGUGCUGCGUUCUGGAAUUUCGCCCGCGCCGAUUACCUGGCGGCUUAUAUCAAUCACUCCAAGACCCGGCUCGACCCCGACAACCUGACGAUGUGGAAGGCUGCUGGAUUGCCGGUGACGGACGACGGAACCUUGACCUAUUCUGACCCCACCAACCCCGGAAGUGCCAUCGUGUCAUAUCGACCUGGGGACAGGGAGGACUUGGUAUCAUGCACGCUGAUCUGGAUUGUUCUCCGCACCAUGAACUUCAUUGCCCCUCAGGAGGAGGCGACGGCGAGCACGACGAAUACGCCGCGUAGUCUCGACAGUCCGGCCCCCAGAGCCGGGUCAGAUGCCAGUGUUCCGACCCCGAUUCGAGCUCGUCUUGCCCGCUGGAAGGAACUACGACGGCAGCUCGACGACUGGUAUGACAACCUCCCGUUCACGUUCCAGCCUUAUGCAAUCAUGGGGGCACAGAAUCCCUCGGACCAACCGCCCGAUCAUCCACUCCGCUUCACACGCAUCUUCUUCUCGGUGCCCAUGUGCGCGGCAGCGCUACAACUCUACCACUUCGCGCAGAUUCUGCUGCUUCUCAACCAACCGGUCGACGAAAGCGACACGCGCAACCUCGCCAACCGGAUCCGCAUGUUCCGCAAGGUGUCGGAAGAGUCGGAGCACCACAGCCGACAGAUUUGCGGCAUUGCCUUGGGCAAGCCUCCGCCUGCCGUGGCCAGACAGAUGGUUCAUUCCCUGUACCUGGCCGGACUGUGCUUUGAAGAGAAGGACGAUCGCGUCGUGGUGGUGGAGCUGCUCAAGAACAUUGAGCGGGAGACGGGUGCCACCACGGCCCAUCGUGUCAGAGAGCUCCGAGAGCAGUGGGGAUGGGGUGACGAGGUGGUUGAGGUGCCGUGA